AUGGAGGGCGCUUUUACUCAUCUUGGGAAUCACCUGAUCAGCGACUCGGCCGCUGCGAUCAAGGCUGGAGCUGACGAUUUUGCCGGCAUCGAACCCGAUGAAAGCCUCCUUUACGGGAAAUUCGGCGGCCGCAGUGGCCGCCGCCGCGCCGACGACGAUGACAACCAAACCGAGCUUUACGAUGACGACGACAACGAUAGCUUGGCAAGCAUGCCAGUUGGAGCUAUGAAGGAUUUGAACCUCGGCAGGCCUCAGGAAGAAGAUAGGGAGCUUCCCUCCCACGCCUGCGCGUACUGUGGAAUCCACUCCCCGAGCUCCGUCGUCAAGUGCCUUGGCUGCAACAAAUGGUUUUGCAGCGCCCGCGGUAAUGCAACUUCGUCUCACAUAGUCAAUCACCUUGUUCGUGCGCGGCACAAGGAGGUCCAGCUCCAUCCAGAGUCCACCUUGGGCGAUACCGUACUCGAGUGUUACAAUUGCGGAACCAAGAAUGUCUUUCUAUUGGGCUUUAUUCCUGCCAAAUCGGACACUGUUGUAGUGCUCCUUUGUCGCCAGCCAUGCGCCGCCAAUACAUCUUCCAAGGACAUGAGCUGGGACACCUCACGUUGGCAGCCCCUCAUUGAAGAGCGAGCCUUCCUCACUUGGCUCGUGGCCACCCCAUCCGAUGCUGAGCAGCUGCGUGCCCGACACCUGACCCCACCCAUGAUCGCAAAGCUGGAGGAAAUGUGGAAGGACAACUCCACUGCGACCGUCGCCGACCUCGAGAAGGCCAACAGUAUUGAUGACGACCCACACCCUGUCCUUCUCAAAUACGACGAUCCCUACCACUAUCAAAACAUCUUUGGUCCCUUGGUCAAGAUGGAGUCUGACUACGAUAAGAAACUCAAAGAGGCGCAGUCCGAGGACGGCCUAACUGUUCGCUGGGAUUAUGGCCUCAACAAUAAGCAUCUUGUUAGCUUUGAGCUUCACAAGAUAGAGUCCGGUGACGUCAAGUUGGCAGUUGGUGAUGAAAUGCGGCUUCGGUACAAGGGAGAGCUCCGGCCCGCGUGGGAGGGAGUUGGAUAUGUCAUCAAAAUCCCUAACAACCAAUCUGACGAAGUCACAUUGGAGCUGCGGAAGGCUGGCAACGAGAAGACUGUCCCGACUGAGUGCACUCAUAACUUCUCUGCGGACUACGUUUGGAAAGCUACAUCCUACGAUCGUAUGCAGUAUGCGAUGAAGACCUUUGCCGUUGACGACAUGAGUGUCUCUGGGUAUAUCUUUCAUAAGCUGCUUGGCCACGAUGUCGCUGUUGCGCCGCAGAAGACGACUAUGCCUAAGAAGUUCAGCGUUCCCGGCCUGCCUGACCUCAACACUAGCCAGAUUGCUGCUAUUAAGGCGGUGCUGUCAACCCCUCUCAGCUUAAUCCAGGGUCCUCCUGGAACUGGCAAGACCGUUACUUCAGCGACCAUCAUCUAUCACCUGUGCAAAAUGAACAACGGACAGGUCCUGGUCUGCGCGCCAUCUAACGUCGCUGUUGACCAACUCUGUGAGCGCAUUCACCGCACCGGUCUGAAGGUCGUCCGUCUUACGGCCAAGUCUCGCGAGGAUGUGGAGUCAUCCGUGAGCUUCCUUGCUCUCCACGAGCAAGUCCGUAUGAACGACAGCAAUGGAGAGCUCGUUAAGCUCGCGCAGCUCAAGAGCGAACUGGGCGAGUUGUCCAGCCAGGAUGAGAAGAAGUUCAAGCAGCUCACCAAGGCGGCUGAGCGAGACAUUCUUCACAACGCUGAUGUGGUUUGCUGCACCUGUGUUGGUGCUGGAGACCCUCGCCUUUCCAAGAUGAAGUUUCGCAACGUGCUAAUUGACGAAUCCACCCAAUCCGCCGAACCCGAAUGCAUGAUCCCUCUUGUUCUUGGUUGUAAGCAGGUUGUCUUGGUCGGUGAUCAUAAGCAGCUGGGCCCUGUCAUCAUGAACAAGAAGGCUGCAAAAGCCGGUCUCAACCAAUCCCUGUUCGAGCGUCUUGUCAAUCUUCGCUUGGUGCCCAUCCGUCUGAACAUUCAAUACCGCAUGCAUCCUUGCUUGUCCGAAUUUCCUUCCAACAUGUUUUACGAUGGUUCUCUCCAGAACGGUGUUACGGUCAGAGAGCGCCUCCGCCGCGACGUGGACUUCCCCUGGCCGGUCGCUGACAUGCCCAUGAUGUUCUGGUCUAAUCUGGGCAACGAGGAGAUUUCGGCUUCUGGAACAUCUUACCUCAACCGCACUGAGGCUUCCAAUGUGGAGAAAGUUGUCACCCGCUUCUUUAAGGCUGGAGUUAAGCCUCUUGACAUCGGUGUCAUUACUCCGUAUGAGGGCCAGCGCAGCUACAUCGUUAGCACCAUGCAGAACACUGGCACCUUCAAGAAGGAAAGCUACAAGGAGGUGGAGGUUGCGUCGGUCGACGCCUUCCAAGGUCGUGAGAAGGAUUUUAUUGUCCUAUCCUGUGUCCGUUCCAACGACAACCAGGGAAUUGGUUUCCUUUCUGACCCGCGUCGUCUUAACGUCGCGUUGACUCGUGCUAAAUACGGUCUCGUCAUUAUCGGCAAUCCCAAGGUCCUCUCCAAGCAUGAGCUUUGGCACCAUCUUCUGGUUCACUUCAAGGACCGAAAGUGUCUAGUUGAGGGUCCCUUGACCAACCUGCAGACCUCCCUUCUUCAGUUUGGCAAGCCCAGAACCGCUUACCGGCAGAAGAUGAGUCAGCCUCCCCAGUUCAACGCUGGUGGAUUUCCUAACGGCAACAACCGAUUCAACGGUGCUGGUUCUACGCGUGACUUCGACUCCGGCUCGAUGAUGUCUUACAUUCCUGACGAUGUCUCAUCUAUUCACAGCUCCCUUGGAGGUGCCGGCCUUAACACUACCUACCCGCCAAUUUUUUCGAGCUUUACUCCUGAGCAGUGGCCUGGUCUCCCCGGGGUCUCCGCAGCCGGCCGCUCUGGUACCAAGAGGGGCGGACGUGCCACCGAGAGCAUUGCCGGUGAGAGUGUCGCCAACUCAGAGUACACGGAUGCCAGUGCCAGCGUUAUCGGCGCCAAGGGUGUUGGACAGGGUGGUGUCAGUUUAGGCGCCGGUCUUCAGGACGCCAUUCAUGGCAUGCGUCCUGCCUCGUACAGCCAUAGCGACCGUCUGAAGCAGUACGUUGAGAGUGGUGGCCGCAUGGGGCCUGGAAACGGCUAUGGCCGUCGGUAUGAUGAUGACGAGAAGAGCGUUAGCACCGCGUUUCAUAGCCAGAUUGGUGGCGGCUUCGACUGA